CUCUUCCAGCCGACCAUCUACACAACAACGACGCCGCCGGGCGACGUCGACUUCUACCUGCACAAGUCCAACUCGACGUACCUGGCGGACCUGGACGUGGCGCGGGGCUACCACGUGUUCAGCAUCUUCCGCGAAGGGUUCCGCCGCGGGGGCCACGCCGGGGGCGGCCAGCCGGGCCCGGCGCUCGCGGGCACGGCGUGUAUCUACCGGCGACCGAUCGCGCCGCUCGCGCGCGUCGAGAUCUGGACGCGCCUGCUCGCCUGGGACGCCAAGUGGAUCUACCUCGUCUCGCACUUUGUGCAGCCCGGCAGCGUGCGGCCGGGGCGGUACGCCGACCAGCCGUGGCGGAACAAGAAGGUUUCUGCGGGUAGGAAGAGGGAAGGAGACAGGGACGUGUUGAGGGCUGCGCAGGCAGAGGGCGAGGUCAACGCGGCCAUUUGCGCCACGUGCAUCUCAAAGUACGUGCUCAAGCAGGGCCGCAAGACGGUGUCGCCGUACGAGUUCUUGCAGGUUGCCGGGCUGCUGCCU